AUGAUGCUGCAGCUCUCCCUCCUCGCAGCGCUCUGCUCGCUACUGCUUCCCCAGGCAGUAGCCUCGCCAGCCUCCCUGUCCUCACUCCCGCUGCAGUCCCGUAGCGAAUUCAGCAACGUCGACGGCAGCAACAUCUUUCGCGAAUGCGUCCAGCGAUACAACACAUCACGAAUGAACCCGUUGCCGCAAGCUGGCUACUGGAACCCGAACAACGGCACUAACGGAAGCAUGCUCACUAUCUGGCUGGAUGGCUCGCCCGGCGAACCCAUCAACGCCAUCAUCUCGUCCAACUCGUCCGCCGAGGUGCUGUGUCCUGAAGGCUUCUUGCGCUAUGCCACCUCGAUCAACUUCGGCGUCUCCUGUCUGGGCAACGUCAACGGCUCCAACCAGUACGCCAACCUCGGUGAUGGCUAUGGCAUUCGCGAACAAGGCAACUACGACGGGGGCAACGGGGUUCUCCGUUGGAACUACGGGGACCCCACCUUUGGCACGUGCAAAGAAUCCAUUGAAGGGGACAAUCACUUCCGGUGGUUCCUUCAGAACGGCACCUCCGCCUUCUCCGGUGCCAUCUUCAUCGCUGCGUCCAUGGAGGAGAGCGCCGCGCUGGGGCACAUGAUUCAAACGGAUGGCUACAAUCGUGGUCGAGACUACAUCGUGGGUAACGCAACGAGGAAUGCGACGACGAGCUACCAGGGUUUCGUUUGGAAGACCGAGGUGGAGUGGAUAGAGGCGGGAGUGCUGUUGAAUGCGACGAGCGAGGGGAUCAAUCAUCCGCAGAUCGCGUUGCCGGGCCAACCGGUGCAGGACGGACGGGUGGCACUGUUGACCGUGACCCAGCUGGAGGAGCCGAGGAACGCCACGAGCCAGUCGGCAUCCGGCGCGAUGAGCAGGGAGAAUGCGGCGGGAAGGGCGAUGUGGUUCGUAGCAGCAACGUUGGCCCUCGCCCUCAUCGUUCGCUGA